AUGCCUCUUUUCGCUGAUGAUGAAAAUGAUACCGCUACAUCGCAAGCACGAAAUGAUGAAGCCACUACAACUAAACCAUCUGAUAAACCAUCUUCUACUAAAUCAUCUGACAAACCUACUGAUACCCCUAAGAGUGAAGAAAAAGAAGACGUUGAUGGAGAAAAAGAAGAGCCGACCAGGAAAGCCACUUCGGCUAGUACACCAACUUCCACAACGAAAGAUGAUGCUGAUGAUGAUGAUGAUGACAACGAAGCCACUACGACCCUCAAGAAGCAAGUAGAAACUUCAACCUCAUCUAUGCAUACGUUAAGUAGGAUAGAUAGCGCGAGCGAUGCGACUGGUACGGGUGCUAUAGAUACUGUAAAGAAAUGUUAUAACAAAGGAACGAGUAGUGAUGAAUGUGAGAGUGGGUACGAGAAGAACAGGGGAGUGAUAUGGGCUGGUGUGGCUGUAGGUCUACUCAUUCUGCUACUACUAUUCCGUCAUCUGUAUAAGAAGUGGAAGACGAAAGGUGCAAUCGAGAGUGCUGCUCUUGGCGGUAAAGUCUUGCCGCGAUGA